AACCCGUUCGUUUCCCAUCCGCUCGAUUGCUUUGUCUCUAUCCGGGGUCUCUAUUGUGCUGGGAUGUGCCAUCGAGUCCUCUUUGCGUCUCCGUCGCAACAGGCUCGCUAGGUCACUGGGUGGUUCGUGAAGAUUGAGGAGGGAGGGGGACUUGGCUUUUUGCGCCGCCUGAUCUGACCUGACACAACUUCACCAUGGCGCCUGGGGGUGCACGCGAUUUCAACUGCACAUGGGAGAAAUGCGGCAAGUCCUUCAAUCGCAAAUCCGAUCUUUGUAGACAUUAUCGAAUACACACCAAUGAGCGACCCUACCACUGUACAGUUGCAGACUGCAACAAGAGCUUUAUCCAACGGAGUGCACUGACUGUGCAUUCGCGAACCCAUACCGGGGAGAAGCCCCAUGUAUGUGACCAUGAAGGCUGCCACAAGGCAUUUUCAGAUUCCUCAAGUUUAGCCCGUCAUCGAAGGAUUCAUACGGGCAAGCGUCCCUAUAUCUGCCAAGAACCUGCGUGUGAACGGAGUUUCUGUCGCAAAACUACGUUGACCAAGCACCAGCAUCGUUCUCAUCGACCCGGGGCGACAACUCGAACGCCUUCUGAGGAAACGACCUCGGACUCGACGUAUCAUCAACCUGCAACGACGAUGCCUACGGAUCAGUAUAUGAUGGCCCAUCAGUCAUAUUAUCCUCCACCCACCACUUCUGCCCAUGAAUACUAUCCGCCGCAUGUAUCAAUCCCUCAGGUGCCCGUUCAGGAUACAUCAACCAUUGUGGCUCAGAACGUCCAUGUCACAUCGCCUGUCGAGACGCAGCCAUACAUGCAUAUGAUGCCCCGAUACGAGCCUGGCCGUGCGAAUUAUAUGCCCCCUGAAUAUCAUCAACCACAUUUUCCCGGACAGCCGAUGAACCCUGAGGGGCAUCCGAUGAUGAUACAUUACCAUCAGGAUUAUCAGUACAAACCGGCACCGCGGCUCUUGAAUCAGCCAGAAGGAACGGACUGGCAGUUUCUCGGUGUCGGCUAAUAGAAAUACGGUCAUUGAUUUUGAUUUGUUGAUACGAACCCCUCGAUCUGUUCGCGCGCUCCGGUUUUUGCACGGAACACUUGAGAGGACAAAUACCCCACGACAGUUGUGCAGUCGUCGCUUUUUCCUUUAUGCUCUUUCUUUCGCGGCCGCUUAGUCCGCCAUCUAUUUCUACCCAGGAGUUCGGUCGCGGUCUUUCGACUACAAACUGGCUUACGUGUCUUCCAACGACGCCUAUCAUGAUUGUCUGACGAAUGUGACUAUUUUACGGUAUUUGGCGAUCGGUUUCUCGUAUCUUGUGUCUCAUACCCUGCGUAAAGGACUCGGAGCGGCGUCUUUCACACUUUGAUCUACUAGUGCUUCACAUCUCUUUACGGAAAUUACUCGUGCACGCCAUUUUUUUGUUUUC